AUGUGCUGUUCAAUGUUCAGGGUUUGUAAUUUAGGUGUUGUUAUCCUUGUUGUACUUACUGGUAUAUUGGUGAAGUCGUCUUCUCAAUUUAGUGUUUUUACAGUACGAAAACAUGCAGAGAGAACACCAAACUGUUGGCCGUACAAUAUUCGACCUUAUUUAGAUUGGAUCGAAAAACCAGCUGAAUUUUACAAGGCCAUUAUUGGAUCAACUUUUGAGCUGUCAUGCUCUGCGUUGGGAUCUCCAGCACCGAGGGUACGUUGGUUGAAAAAUUUAGACUAUGUACGUGAGAGAUCAAAAACUGAUUAUGACGAGUUAGCUAGACAAUAUAUACUUGAUGCUCCUUACUCACAGCUUGGAGAUGUUUCAAGUUUAAACACAGCUAGACUGGUUAUACCUGUUGUUACAUGGGAUACACAUAAAUAUUACUCUUGUCUCAUUGACAAUGGACUCGAUCAAAUAGAACUCGAGGUAAAAAUUGAACCGGUUUCCCCUUCAGCACUUGUGACAACAGGGAAAGGUAAGCUACAUGGUACACCUAGCAGGUAUGAACGAUAUUCAAUUUCUGAUUUGGAAAGUACACUGUUGGUCAAACCAAGAAUUAACUCAUGGACAGAGAUUGCUUCAGCUAAAGUAGGCUAUAGUACGGUUCUUCGAUGUCGAAGUAGUGACACACCUAUGAGCAGUACUACUGGUGGUGGUGGUAUCAAUAACCUCAAAAAGAUUAGCAGGAUACAAGGGAAGGGAAAGGGAACCAGUAACCUAACAAUCACUGAUCACUAUUGGGUUGAUUCACUUGGUGUUCGAUUAGGAGAAAACAAAGAAAACUUUGCUUCAUAUGAAAAACUUGCAUCAGGAGAUUUGUUCAUAAAAACUGUAAACUGGAACGAUAUGGGUUACUUUCAAUGUAUCACAAGUAAUCAAUAUGGUAGUGACGGGGUACGAACUUUACUGUUGCUUGUUCCAUGA